GAAAAUAAUAAUAAUAAUAAUAAUGCUAACGUCUAGCACACGAGAAUCGGAUCACCUUUCUUUCUUCUCUAUAAAUACCCACACUCCCUCCUGUUUUCAUCUGCUUUUUAUUCUUGUCUUGUUUACACUUCACUGUGUGUGCGCGCGAUUGUGUGUAUGUGUGUGUGUGUGAGAGAGAGAGAAAUAGAGAGAGAAAGCUGGUGCGUUUUGUUUGCAGUCCGGUUUUCCUUGUUAAUCGUACUAUCUGUGUCAGCGAGCUGGGAAAAUCGGGAUUCAUUGAAGGGGGUCACCAUUUGCCGAUCAAGAGAAAGCGAUGGAGGUACUCGGCAAAUCUACGGUAGCUGUACCUACAAACGUUAUUUAUUUGUCGAGUAUUCUUGGCCAAGACGGGCCAAACCCUGUCCACAAGUGUGAUUGGAAAUGUCAAAACGAGCUCGUUUGCGGCAACAUGUACAGCUGCAGGCUAACUGGAAUCACACACAUUUGUGACAAAAACUGUAAUCAGAGAAUCUUGUAUGAUAACCAUAGCUCCCUCUGCAGAGUGAGCAAACAGAUAUUUCCUCUAACACCGAUCGAACAGCAGGCUGUGAGAGGUGUCAGGAGGAAGCUCGAUGCUGAGGGUUGCUCCACGGAGAGCUGUGCUUUUAAGCGCAGAAGAGAUACUCAGUGUCAUUCAUCGUUGCCUUUCGAGAAAUCUUUCACUGCUGUGGGUCCCAUCUGCAGUCAGAUUGGCGAUGUCAUGGAUAUGAACUAGAUUUCGUUUUACCCUUUUUCUUUCUUCCUAGGAAUAGUAUGGAGUAGAGAACUUGUUGAGUACUUUUUUUUCUAAUGGCAUAAGACUCGUAACUCCUUGGAAAGUUGAUGAUAGUUUAUCAUUUGAAGUUUAUUAUGAAGCUUGAGUUGCACUUAAUUGCAAUCUAGAUCUGGAAGUAUAAUGCAGCAGUGUUCUAUUAGCUCGCUUAGUUUCUCUAUUCGAUCGUUCGCCGCCAACUAUGAUGUCUCUUUAGCUAUUUUUACUCAAUUUUGUGUUUCUGACUUUCUUUUCCCUAACAAAUAUGGUUUUGGCAGAACUGUGUGAUACUUUGCGUAGUGGUUUGAUUUAAUUUGUGUAUCUUUACCUUUUCUGAGUGGCUGCCUUUGUCUUGAAGAAGGUUGUUCUGCUCGACGGGUUUUUUUUUUCCGUGUGGAAAAAACGUGUCCUAAUUUCAGUUUUGUUUGACAAUGUUGCAGGUCGUGAAGGAACGGCAUAGAUCGACUUCUUUUCUUGAACUUAUAUAUGUUUGUUUAUUUGUUGCUCUGCAAUUGUGCUCCUAAGCUUUGUCCUUUUCUGCAGGGAGACGAAGCUUAUGCAGCACCGAAGACGUUCUAGUCUAGCGUGUUAUAUUGCCAGAAUGAUUCAAUAGCGGUAAUAACUACUUCUAAAUCUCGAGGAAGCUCCUAAUUAUUAUUUUUUCUGAUGCAGGUAAAUAAAAACGAAGAAAACAAAGUCUGCUAUGAUGAAUUACAGUCAUCAAGCGGCGAAGAUAUCGAUCUACCAUGUUUCUCUAUGGUUGCUGUAACUUGAUUUGGGCUUUACUUUGCAGUUAACCAUGAAAAGAAUCUUAGGCAGCUCUUUGCCUGGAUUUUGCCCGUAAGCACAGAUAGUUUUGCAGAAAUGGAGAGAGUUGAGCUGUACGGAGGAGGCGAUUCUGCAUUGUUUUGGAUUUAAUGUGUUCCUCUCUCUUUUCGUCCCUCGUGAUCAGUCAAUACUGCAGGUUACCUCGCAAUCUAAGAACUCCGUGCUCUACAAAAUCUUACACUGGUUUAUACGCAACUGUAUAGAUAUUGAUAUUUGUUAUCCAUCUUUUCCUUACAUGUCUCUGAGAUAACUUGAGAUGUGGUAGACCAGGAAAGUAAUGAACAUACACUUCAUUAUAGCUCUACUCAAACAAUUCUAGCAUAAUUA